AUGUCAUUAGGUAGCAGUCCAUUUCAGGAAAGAAGAAUUGUCGUUUUAGGUGCUGGAAUUAUCGGUUGUGUCACCGCAAGAACCUUAUUGCAGCAGGGAUUUCAAGUCACGAUUGUUGCCAAACAUCUUCCUGGCGACGAAGAUAUAUGGUAUGCGUCAACCUGGGCUGGUGCAUUGUGGCAUGGUGCUCCAGACUUACCUAACGAUCUCCAUCGUUAUCUAGAGGCAGUAUCAUACCGCCGGUUCAAGAGUGACAACUUCAAUAGUCCUGAAUGUGGAGUAUGUGUUAUUCAAUUAGAUGAAUAUUUUGAGAAAAAACCCAAGGAUCUGGACCUAUGGUUUAAGGGAGUAAAUCCAAAGUUCAGAGAUAUGGAAAAAUCAAAAUAUGAGGGUACUGGGUUUGAAUAUGGUUGUGAGUAUGAAACAUUAGCAAUCGAGCCUCGUCGUUAUCUCAAAUUCAUAAAACAAGAGAUUGAAAACCUUGGCGGCCACUUUAUUUGCAGAUCAAUUGCAUCCAUGGAUGAGCUCUAUCAAGACUACGAAGAUAGUAUCGUUUUUGUUAACGCAUCUGGAAUUGGACCUAUGACAAUCAAAGGGUUGGAAGAUGAUAAAUGCUAUCCCAAUCGAGGACAAAAUGUGCUUGUUCGGACGAAAACUGACAAAGGGUUUAGUCGUAGCGGUGAAGAGUAUACAUAUGUAAUACCUCGGCCACUCUCUGGGGUAGUGGUUUGUGGAGGUGUGAAUGAACCCAAUAAAACUCACGCUGACAUUGAUAUGGAAAUUGUUGAGGAUGAAAUCAGAAGAGCUCAUAAGCUCGCACCUGAGGUGAUUUCAAAAGCGCCUGAUAUUGCGGGUUAUGUCGUUGGAAUAAGACCUGCUAGAAAAGGAGGGUUUAGAUUGGAAAAAGAACAGGUUGCGAAGAACAAGUACAUCCUUCAUGCUUAUGGAUUCAAUGGUAAAGGCUAUGCCUUUUCAUAUGGUGCAGCUUAUAUGGUAGGAACCUUGGUCGAAGAAAUUGAAAAAGAGUAUACCGCCAACACAAGAAAGAGGUAA